GACAAGCGUGGCCUUAGUGUAGUGAAGUUCUUUAGCUAUACAAGUCAACAAAUUAAAAUUUAUCUAAUCUUUUCCUGCUCCACACAUAGUACUACGAAACAAGCGCAAUGGCGGACAAAAGUAACAAGCGAAAAGUGAUGAUUGCAAUGGACGGGAGUGAAUACUCGGAGGGAGCAAUGAAAUGGUUUGUCAAAAGUAUGUACCGGAAAGAUGAUGAGAUCAUUGUAGUUCACGUCACUGAUCACAGAAACUCAAUGGCAUAUGGAUCUGCUUGGAUGCCUGUAGACCCCAAAGUUGUUCACAAGGCAUAUAACGAGGAAGAAGAAAGGGCUAAAGUGCAAAUCAAGAAACUAGAUGCAAUAUUAAUGGACGCAGGGGUUCAAGGGAACGUUAUACGUGCUCACGGAAAUCCUGGUGAACAGAUAGUCAAAAAGUCUGAAGAACUAGGCGUAACUAUGAUAAUUAUCGCCUCUCGUGGAUUGGGAAAGAUCAGACGGACAGUCAUGGGAAGUGUGAGCGAUUAUGUGGUCCACCAUUCCUCCAUACCAGUCAUUGUGUGUCGCCAUUAAUCGUUAAGUGUUCACUGAAAAUCAGGGAUAUUGUAAUGUUCAUCAGUUAUCUGUGUCAUAGCUAUGCUUUUACUUCAUGUGUUAGUGUCAAUAGCGACUUGUUCUAUGGAUAAUCCGCAUAGCAGAAUGCGAGAAGCGAUUGUAAAAUAUACUUAGUAAUAUUGAGAUAUUUUAUUUGAUGAUCAGAGAUUUUUAAUUU